AUGCCCAGCGUAAAUUGUGCUGUUAAUGGUUGUACGAAUAGCCAGUUUAAAAUUCGAAAGUGGAAGAAAGAAUUGUGUGAUAUACACAACAAUGUUAUCAAGGAAUUAUGUGGAUGCGAACGACCAUUUUAUUUAUAUUGUUUUCCGAGCAUUAAGAACAACAACGAGCAAAGGCAGAAUUGGAUUAAACUUAUCAAGCGAGAAGGACAUAAUAAAUCAAAAUGGACUCCUGCUGGAAGUGACAGAGUGUGUUCGUUUCAUUUUGCUGAUGGGGUGCCCACUGCCGCCAAUCCAGAUCCAACUUUGAACAUGGGUUACGAACUCUUACAAAAACGACCAAGAAGAGAAUUAUUUCGUUCAGGUGUUGUACCUAACUGUAAGAAAAAAAAAUUGUUAAAUGAAGAAGUUGACGAAGCAGUUGUUAAUGAUAAUGUUGAUAAUGUUGUUAAUGAUAAUGUUAAUGUUGAUGAUAAUGUUAAUAAUGAAUUACCAUGUCAAUCAUCAUCAUUCUUUUCACCAGUAUCGGAACAUUCCCAUUUUUCAUCAUCAUUAACUCAGCAAUGUGAGGGAUUAUUUCAACUUUUGAACCCAUACUUAUCUAAGAUCAGAUACUGGAGAGGCCCUAAACGUGCAAAUAGCUACAGCAAAGUCAAACGUACUUAUUCUACUCAAGCAAGCAAAAUCCUUACACAUUGUGACGAAUUUUUGCUAACUUUGAUGAGGUUGCGUUUAGGUUUACUAAAUGAAGACCUUGCUGACCGCUUCGGAAUUUCACCCACUAUUUGUUCCAACACUUUCACGACAUGGAUACAGAUUUUAGGCAAAAUUCUAGGCAACGCUCUUGUUGUAUGGCUACCAAGAGAAGCGAUUAGAGACAAUUUACCUGAUGCCUUUAUUAAAACUGGACACUCGAAAUGCAGAGUAAUUAUUGACUGUACUGACGUGUUUAUUGCAAGACCAAAAUCUUUACUAAACCAAGCAGUUACAUGGUCCGAUUACAAGCACCACAACACAAUAAAAUUCUUAAUUGGUAUAUCACCUGCAGGUUUCAUAACAUUUUUAUCUGACUGUUAUGGUGGUCGGGCCAGCGAUCGAUAUAUAACAAAGGAUAGUGGGUUUUAUGAAUUGUUAGAACGGGACGACGAAGUAAUGGCUGAUAGAGGGUUUCAAAUAAGAGAAGAACUACUGCUAAAAUUUUGUAGUUUGAGUGUUCCACCUGGUGCUGGAAUUAAAAGUCAGAUGACAUCAACUGAGUGCAAGAACACUAAAGAAAUUGCCAAUCUACGAAUACAUGUGGAGCGUGCUAUUAAUCGUGUGAAGUUCUACCGCAUCUUGAAAACUGUUUUACCUAUUACUAUGAUGCAGCAUACUGAUGACAUUGUCAAGGCAUGUGCUGCUCUAUGUAAUCUUAAGCCCAGACUUAUACGUUAA